AUGGCCACAUGCGAUUAUACCGUUUCUCUGCACCAUGGGAUUGUCCCUCCUACGGGUCGAAUUUAUCUUCCGGUUGAUGUGACUGGCCAUAUACCCGACUAUACGCGUCUAAACGACCGGCCUGUGAUCAGGUCAUGUGAAAUUGCACUGGGAAUACGCGAUGUAUGCCUCAAGCUCAGAAUUCCCCACUACAACAUAGUGGCUAUGAAUUCCGCCCCUCCAUCGGCUGUGAUUUAUUCACACGCUAACUUCAAGGCUUCCAUCCAACCGGAAAAAGCCGGAGAUACCAAGGACUUUUAUGAAAGAUGCUUUGCAGAAGCCGCUGCAAUUAACCUCUUUUUCCCUGAUGUACGAUCGGAGAGAAUCCGCAUAUGCAUGACAGCGUGGCUGGCUGCAAACUGCGCGGCGGAUGACAUACUUGAGACUAUGCCACCAGCUGCCGCCACACUUGCUUUGAAAGAGGCGAUUUUGAAGCUCCGGGGAAAGAAGACAGAGGUCUCCCCGAUAAACAAGGUCGCGUCAAUCCUUUGCUUCUUCCUCGAAUAUUGCAUCCAGCAACUCGACCUCAGUGAGAGCAUCGCCCGCGAACUCAGCGAUGAUAUAUGCGAUAUGUGUCAGGGCUUACUAGACGAGCUCCUAUUCCGACGAGGCCUAUUGUCUAACAACCUGAAAACAUAUCUGCAAUUCCGCGGUAAGACAAUGGGAAUCCAUCCAUUUUUCACUUUGAUCCGCACACUACACAAACCGAUCGAUGCGGAAUAUCUCUCUGGACUACGAGAUCUCCAGAAGCGGGUUAGUUUGGUUCUAGGGCUACAAAACGACCUUGUUGGCCUGGAGAAAGAUCGUCGAAAUGGCGAGACCAUGAAUGCAGUCUUGGUAUCCUUGAAGGAACAAGCGGGAACAGAUGUGGAUCACAUGAAUAUGAUAUUGCCGAAGACUAUUCAGGAUGUAUGCGAGAUCCACAAUCUUUGUCUCUCGGCUGCAGUGGAGGUGCAUGAAGGACUACAACUUUCACGGGGUCAUUCCGAAGAGGGGAUACUUGAGACUACAGUUCUAGCCUUUGCCGACACGCACCUGAAAUGGUGCGCCUCGUCUAAAAGGUAUCAGGCGAAGGUACAAUAG